GGGGGAGGCGUUUGGCUCGGCGAAGACUGGGAGUGAACGAGCAGAGAGGGUGAGGAACCAGCGGAUCUGGCCCUUUAAAUCACCGAUAUACAGCGCAUUCGGAGAGUCAAGCCGAUGUGAGCUCGGCCACCGCGCGGCUCUGUCGUUCAGACUUGUUUCACGGCCGUCAGUGCACCGCUCACAUCCACCUCUCCAUCAUCCAUCCAUCCAGCCACGUCAGUGUUUUAGAGAGAGAGCGAGAGAGGCCAGUCUGCACACCAUCAGUCAGUUUUCUCCUGUGUUGGUUUAUUCUGAUGGAUCAGUAUGUCUACCACUAAUAACAUCGCCCAGGCCAGGAAACUGGUGGAACAACUGAGGAUUGAGGCGGGAAUUGAGCGCAUCAAGGUGUCUAAAGCAGCAGCAGACCUAAUGAGUUACUGUGAGCAGCAAGCUCGUAGCGACCCUCUGCUGGUCGGGGUUCCCACCUCCGAAAACCCUUUCAAGGACAAGAAACCCUGCAUCAUCCUAUAGCUGCACUCCUGCUCUCACACGCACAUGCACAUAGACAGGUAUACACACACACACAAACACACAAUUACAUGAGUACCUUAACUGAUCCCCACAUUUCCCCAAACACACACUCACACUUGCAAACACACAACUUCUCUCAUAAGAGCCACUCUGGAAAAGCGCCAUACCCCACAGCCACAGCUACGGGGGCAGGUAUCAUGUGCACCUAGUGGCCGAGAUCAGUAUAUCACUGAGUAUGAUCCAAGGUGCUUUGGUAGUAUUCAUAUAUGCUGGUCAAUUGACUACAACUUAACUUGAAACAUGGAUUGGGACAUUACUAAUCAUUAGUAGGCUGGGAUUCCUUUUUGUUUGGUUUUUGCUGUCCUGAGAUGAGGGGUUGGGUAAAGGAUGUACAGCCGUUACCAUAGGCAGGAAGCGGGAGGCUAUUAAAGCCUUUGCCUUUUUAUUGGACUAUAGCAUGUUCCCACUGAAACCGGUAUCAACAGACCGUCUCUGCCUGUGGCCUCACAAUGGCCGUCUUCAGCCUUUGGCCAAGCCUCCAGCUGUGCCAACCUGUACAGAGAGUCCUCUCUAGAUGCUGAUCUGUCGUCACUGAGUCCACAGUGGUUUAUUGUGUCGGUCGCGCUCAAACCUAAUCUGACCUCAGAUCGGCACCUAUGAGGUUAACACAGCUCUUCGCAGAACUCAAGCUACUAACCCCCCGGACGUUUACUGCAUUUUUCUUAAGAAAUGCUUGUUUGUGAAAUCAAUGUAUGUUUUGAUAUUUUUUGUUGAAGCAUUAACAGAUAAAUAAUACUGUACGUUUUUUUUUUUCUAAACUGCUUUGUGUUGACACUGGUGUUGCCCCCAGCAAGUAUUAAAGAAAUGGGAGGUGAUCUGAUUGUAACGCAAGGGAAAUACUCGACCAGAUACCUGCUAGAAUCUUAAAGGUUUCUACUGUAUAUCAAACCUCCCUGUGCUUUACCCUGAGAGAGGGAAAGGCUGGAGGAGAAAUCCCUAACUUAACUUAAUAACAUUAACAAGAAACUGUUCCAAAAAGUAAAAAUGAAGAUUUCCAUUUUCAUACCUACUCCUCUCAUGUUGAUGAUUUGAUUCUUUUCAUUGGCAGUUUUGUCAGGUUAUCAUUGGAAAGCGCAAAGUUGGAGGUGUUUGUUUAUUUGCCUGCACAGUCAAGAAAAGGGGAUCUUGUGUAAUGGAUACUAGCUCUGGCCAUGAAUCAGACCAGAAUGAACAUUGCCUGGCUUUACCAAUCUUUAAACUUUUCCAGUCUCACCAGUGCAACAGCUCACUCUGACGUGAGCUCAGACUGGGUCAGGUACUGGAUGGGUUAAAGCCGGCGGCGCUUCCCGCUCAGUUCUCUGCUCCCCCCCGCUCCUCCACAGUGCUCCUUCUUUUUGAAAAACCAAACUUGAUUGUAAAAACUGAAGAUGAGAAAGUGAAAACAUGAAGUUAAGAGAAACAAACUAAGUGUACAAACUUUCUUUCAAACGUGCAGAAGUGAUAAGUUGAAGAGUAGCUGUUUUGGGUUUAUUUUUUGAGUUACUUUUCUUCUCUCUAUGGAGUCCAUGGAACCUGGUCAGUUGAGUAUUACCCUGUACAGUGUUUGUAAGAUACAAAAUCUAAACAGAGAAUCCCCCUCUGUGGAUGUUGGAUUUUUUUAGUACUACCUAUUCUGUUGUCAGUCAGGAUCAUGUCUGUCUUCAUUUAUUUAUUUUGUCGUUCAGGUUUUUGAGGCUCGCUAAAGCGGAGGUUGGUGUUAACCAGAGAUUCAAACACAGCCACCUGAUGAGGAUGAAAUAAGGAAAAUGAAAUCCUGUUUGGUUUAUGGAUUAUAUUGAUUAAUCAACAUCGGACCUCAUUCCUUUGGCCAAAACCGACCUCCUGAUAUGUCCUUUAACACCAGAGCAGCCCACAAGUUUUGGUCUAGGUGGGCAACAGACACCAAGGACAACACACACAUAAAUACACACUACACUACACUUGCAUACAAAUGUUUUUCUUUUGAAUUUGAGGGAUGAUUCUCAGAGGUAAAAGGUUGAUGAACCUGUAUGGAUUAGCUUUGUGUCGUCAUAUUUACACUUAACCAUUUAAAGACACAGCUGUAGUGGCUGAUGGGCUUGUUGUGGGGGUUGAGUCGGCCGUUUUGUUCUCUAAUCACUAGGUCAAUAUGACCCCACCUGUUCCACUCAGCUUUUGGGAGUCCGAGUUGUUUUUUUGGAGGUGGUGAGAGGUUGUGUGUGUGUGUGUGUGUUAGUGGGUCCACACACCUGCUGAGUGUAUGGCUGUGUCUGUAAGGCCACUUGGGAAACUUUUAAAAAAGAAAUCCCACAGCCCUCGAAGAAGUAAAAAACAAUACAUUUAGUAAAUUGUUAGAGCUUCCCACACUUACACAAUUCCCUCAAUUUGAUGUAAUGUCUUUAUAAGUUUGGGUUUAGUGGAGUAGUUUUCUGGAAAUUUAUCAGAAAAGUCAGAGGGGUAAAGUGUUAGCAAUGUGUUAGCUUAGCUUAAAGAAAGGACACAGUGGUAUUAAUUAGAAAACCUUUCAAGCUAAAAUACACAAUGUUUAAUAUAGUUUUGCUUACGUUUGGACAGAGCCAGAACUUGGAUUUUCACACUCUUAGUGCUAUGCCAAGCUAAGCUAAUUAGCUGCUACAUUUGGUCGAUAUCUUUAUAUCAGACAGUUUAAACAACACAAAUUAAAGUCACUGCUUUUUUAAAAAAAGAAUAUGAGGUCCAAGUACAGAACUAACAGGAGCUGGAGGACGACCACAGUGAGGGCUGAGGCUGUGUGUGUGUGUGUGUGUGUGCGCGCGUGUGCGUGUGUGUGUGGAGGAGCUGAAAAGGAUGAUUUGGCAGAGAAGAGCACAGAGGGUGUGUACGUGUGUGUUUGUGAUAGAAACACUGUAUGUACGAGUACACCGGGUCUCUGCUGCUGUGUCACAUUGUAAUGUUACAGUACUGCAGUCCUGUAAUUCCAGGUCAGGGUGACUCUGACCGAAGGAGAGGUCAUGUGACACUGUGUGUUUUCAGUCAGAGGCUCAAGUGUAACAUGGACUGAAGAGUUGGAAGUUAUUUUUGAUGUGACGACAGUAACGACCGUAAUAAUAGUCGUACAUCAGACAAAUUAUUGAAAGACUUUCUUCUUUAUUAUAGCUUCAUCCGUACAUGUCCCAGCUAAACUCUGUUAGCUGCGGGUUAUUUCAAUUAUUUAAUUAAUUAUUAAUUAAAAUGUCAUUAUUGCCCCUGUUUAUUUUAAAUUGAAUUAGAAUGAAAUGACUGUCAGUUUUCUCACAUGUUGGCUAAAUCCUACGCUACAAUCGCUCCCCAGUAAGGACCAAGUUUAAAGAAUGGAAACUGGAUAAAAAACAGUCUGCAUCUUUUUUUAACUGUAAUAUCCGAGUUUUAUCAACGUUACGGAGAUUGACGAGGUGAAGUUGCUGCACCUAGUCUGGCCUUUUUAAACGUGUUUUAUUAUAAGUUGUUUACCCUAGCUGUCAGUCGUUAUGCUGUCGCUAAGCUAACUAGCCACAGCCUCGAACCUCUUUAUUGUUUGUAAACAAACAUGGCGGCGUCUGUUUUGCACAGCAAGAAAGCUAACGAGUGCAUUUCUUGAAGAUAUUCAUGUUAAUUGAAUAAAUUGCUUUAACCUUUCUGAUAUAAUUGAAGAGGUAAAAAGACAAAACAAAUCAAGGAAGUGAGAAAAUAGAAGCUUGUGACAGGAACUUCCUCAGAAUUACUGGGUUAUUUUUCUAGGACUGUAUUUCUAGUAGUUGUAACAUAAAACACACACACACACAUACACUGAUGUUGUCCUGAUGGUGUCUGACAGAUGCUGUUUUCCUUUUUCUUUUCUUUUAAAAAAAAUUAAAAUCAUCAAUCAUUCCAUUGCUGGUUGGGCUUACAGUCAGAGAGAGCCAUCCUAUGUCACUGGUUUGGCUGACAGUUUGUCUGAUCGGUUGGUUGUUAGUUUGCCUUAUAGUGGCGUAUAUUGUGUUUAUGCUGGUGUUAGGGUUUUCAGAUCAACAGAAUGAACAGUCUUAAUAGAAGAACGUGCGGCUUGAGAUUGGAAAUCCACUGGUGUUGUGACACAAAAGCGAGCCACGGGGAAUUCACGUCUGGUUAGGUCAGGGAGAGUCAUGGCUCCUCACUGGUGGACUUUUCAUAUCAAACAUCACUGAAUCAGCUCUGAGCCCUUUCCGAGACUCACCUUUUGUGUUCUGAUCUCCUGUGUAUGCAUACAGUAUGUGUAACUUUUUGCCUUGAUUGAAUAUGAAGAAAAUAUAUCUAUUUUUUGUAACUGUUCUCUGAUGUGCCAUAACUCAUGUUUUCUUGCACACUGUUAAUAUUUUGUGGAUAUUGCUGUUUAAAAAAAAAGAAAAAGAUAUCGAGAAGUAGAUGACAUUAAUAAAAAGAUGAUAUAAUAACAUG